AGGGGACGCUCACUCGCUAGCUCGCUCGCUCGCUCACUUACUCACUCGCUCGCUCACUCAGCCGGCCAGUAGUCGACUGUUCGGGAAGCAGCCGUGAGCACACGGCCGUCACUUGCGUGGAGCUCCACGGUGCCAAUCGGAAAUCGAGAACCCGACUUUCUUUCCGGGAGAAAUUCGCGGAUCUUUCCCCGCCAUUCUCCCAGCGCCACUGCGGAGAACUUGACCCAGCAAAGAGGAAUCGGGACGCCGAAGUGUUGGGAAACUUCCCCUCCGGCCAUCGAUCCAGAGACUUGGAUGGAGCCAGAGCGGCGCGCUUGAGGCUCAAAUCGAAACCGCGGUGGAAGUCAAGCGUGGAACCCUCCUCCUGACUUGUAGAUGAUCAUCUAGUUUUCUUUUUCUGGCUUUGGAGGUAGCAGUCCAGUUCAGUCCAGGGGACCACCCCCCACUUUCUCUCUUUUUUUUUUUUUGCCCCCACAAGUGGGAUUUGCGCAAGUUGCAUGCUCGCUCUUUGUGCACGGUUCUAACUCAGAAGACCCCCGGGAGAGCUGAGGUGCCAUGGCGCAGCUGUGUGCGGGGAUUUGCGUGCUCCUCUUGGUGCUGCACGUCCAAGGAAAUGAUGCAUCACAAAUGUCGAGCCUCGGUGGAGGUGCCCGCUCCCAGAUGGUCCAGAUGGACUCGAGCAAGUCGGGCUUCGUGGGCUCCCAGGUGGAGCUGCGCUGCAUUUUCAUCAACAGCAACCCACCGGUGAAGAUCUCGCAGGUGACCUGGCAGAAGCUGCUCAACGGCACCAAGCAGAACGUGGCCAUCGCCAACCCGGCCCUGGGCGUCUCCGUGCUGGCGCCCUUCAAGGAGCGCGUCAGCUUCAAGCAGGCGGCCGUGCGCCACCGCACGCCCUCGCUGGAGGACACCACCAUCGUCUUCUCCAACUUGCAGCUGUACGAUGAGGCGGCGUACAUCUGCGAGUACACCACCUUCCCGGCGGGCAACCGCGAGAACAUGGUCAACCUCACCGUCUUUGCUCGCCCAAUGACUCGCAUGACCUUGACCACGCCCACCAUCGUGGCCCGCUCGCAGCGCCGCAAGAUGACGGUGGCCACGUGUGUGUCGGCCAACGGCAAGCCGCCCAGUGUCAUCCGCUGGGACACCAGACUGAAGGGCGAGGCCACCUUCCAGGAAAUCCGCAACCAGAACGGCACGGUGACGGUGCGCAGCAACUACGUGGUCGUGCCCGGCCGGGAAACGCACAAGCAGAAGCUGACGUGCAUCGUCACCUACCGCAACGAGAGGUUCACCGACAGCGUGGUGCUCAAUGUGCAGUAUGAACCCGAGGUGAAGAUCGAGGGCUUUGACGCCAACUGGUACCUGAACCGCCAGAAUGUUCAGCUGACCUGCCGGGCGGAUGCCAACCCGCCGGUCACCAUCUACCAAUGGAAACUCUUGAACGGCUCACUGCCGAGCAACGUGGAGAUCAAGAACAACAGCUUGUUCUUCAAGGGCCCCGUCACCUACGACUUGGCCGGCACGUACGUGUGCGACGCCACCAACGGCAUCGGCACGCGCACCGGCAUCGUGGACGUCAACAUCACCGAAUUCCCUAACAACCCAUCCGGGCGCAAUGAGAUCCCGCCGGAGCAACACAGUGCAGGCGUGGCCAUCGGGCUGGCGGUAGGGGGCGUGGCCCUGUUGGGGGUUGCCGCCAUACUGCUCUUCGUAUUCCUCCGCCGCCGCCAGCGCACCUUCAAGGGCGACUACAGCACCAAGAAGCACGUGUUCGGCAACGGCUACAGCAAGGCGGGUGGCGGCGGGGGUCACCCGGUGCACCCCCCCAUGCCCAAGAACCUGCAGUACCCGGACGACUCGGACGAUGAGAAGAAACCCACGCAGAUGGGGGGCGAGCGCGAUUUUGACGCAGAAGCCGAGGACCUGAAGAGGCCCUACUUCACGGUGGACGAGGGCGAGAGCCGCGACUACGACGAGCGGACUCUGGCCUUCCAGUACGACGCCGAACCCGAGAUAGCCGACGACAUGAUCUCCCAAACCGACGGCUCUGUCAUCUCCAAGAAGGAGUGGUACGUGUAGCGGGCGCCGCCCCCCACCAGGAAGCCUACCAGCCCUGCGGUGGCGCACCCCCAACCCCUUCACCUCCAUCACCAACCCACACUGGUCAAACUGCACCCCCCCACCCUCGGAGCCCUCCGUCCUUUCCUCACUAACCCCGCCCCCCUUUGCCGGACCCUCGAAAUCACUUCUAUUUACCGCCGUUUUUGUCUGGAGCCCCAUCGGAUCACAAACUUUGACCCGGUGCCGAGAGCUGCUGGUUCUUUAGUGUCUUUGAUCUCUUGGAUUAUCUUAUUGUAAAUGUCUUAACGUGUGGACUGCUUGCAGGUGGAAGGGUUUUUCGUUGGAAAAAACGCGUGGGGAACCCGGACGGUGGCACAACCCAUGCUCGCUUAAAUUGAUUCGAGGCAACUGGCUACUUUUUGGUCGGUGAAGACUUUCUACUUUCAUCGAAAACGAUUCUUCAGUUUUAGGUUUGAACGCCCCAAGGUUCACGAUAGUAUAGAUAAAAUGUUAUUGUUGGACACCACACUUAGAAUUUUAGAACUGAAGAAAUGUUUUAGAUGAUAUGUGAAAGUUCUUUCACCAACAAGAAGAGUCCACUUGCCGCCAUUCAAGUGUUGCCAAUUACCUGGAAGACGCAGAAUCUACACAGACUUAAUUGAUCAUCAUGUUGUAAAUGUCAUAAGGUGUAGACCACUCGCUGGGAGAGAUUUCGCCCGGCAAAAAGUUUGACACUGGAUACAUCGGUCCUUUUUUUUUUUUCUUCCGGUAUGUCUAUUUCCAACCCACGUCGGUCAAAGCCCGCUCGUCUCGCCAGACACCAAUCAUCGCCAGUCAAAGAUCAUUUACCGCCGUUUUAGUCUGGAGGCGAGAGCUCAUUGGUGUCUCUGAUCUCUUUGUUGUAAAUGUCUUAUCGUGUAGAUCACUUGCCGGUGGAGUUUUUUUUUCAGGCACAUUUAUGGGGGAAAAAAAAAGUCUGACACUGGAUUCAUCGUGGCUUUUAAAAAUCGUUUUCUUUUACGUGUCUCACUUGGUUUGUAAUAUUGCGAUCAAAAAGACAGCAGCUAUUGUUUGGUUUGGGGGGGGGGGGGGGGCGUUUUUGGAGACGGACUGGAGCCCCCCCUUUCAAUCCGCCCCCUUGUCCACCAUGUCGUGACAUUUACAAGAGCGCUCAAGGGGGUGGCAAAUGUCAUCAAUGACACUCGAGCGCUCACUGCGAUUGAGGUCGCGCGCUAAGCGUCUGUUUAUGGUACAAGGACUGCAGCGGACCCUCCAACCUAUUAAAAGGGAAUUCCAACAUGAACGGCGGCCGUCUUGGAGCGGGACAGGUUGCCUACAGCUUUCAUGUUUGUUUAUUUUGAUGAGAAUGAAUGCUUGUUUGUCUUUUUAAUAUAUUAAAAAAAAAAUCACUGUUAAUGAGUGGAAAAAUACAGAAAUUGUAUUAGGCCUUACGUUACAGUGGGACAAAUGAGAAUUUGAUUCCCUGCUGGUAGUAAUUGUAAGUCUGCUCACUUGGAAAAAUGUCCAAUUUCUAGAAUUGAUUAUGGUAAUAAGACAGAAUCCAUCUGUCCAUCCAGUUUUUAUAACGAUUGUCCUCAUUUGAGCCCAGAGUGUGCUGGAGCGUAGCCCAGCUGGUCUUGGGCGAGAGGUUCAGGCACAAGACUUUACGGUCAAGACCAGGUUCAGAAAGUAAAAAGUCUGCCGAACUUUGGUUUCUAAUCAAUCGAUUAGCGCCUGUGGCUUAAACCAAACUGUGCAUUUCUAAUUUCUGGGUCUGGAUUUUGAGAGCUUUUGAAAUUCCCACAACGGCCAUCUUCCUCCACAUGACCUGUUAAGAUCAGUAGUGGCCGAUUGGUUGACAGGCACCAGAUGAUUUGGCGGAAUUCCACAUUGUCACAACUUUUAUUUUAGGGUGUCCAUAAAAUCCAUCAAAUGUAAGACUUUUAAUGAUCCUUGUUAAAAAUUCAGCAGGGGAUCAAGUCGUUAUUUCCUCCACUGCCUGCAUGUUUGUGUGCGCGUGUGUGUGAGAGAGAGUGUUUGCGUGUUUUCAUUUGCAGUCAAAAGUUGAUGGGCACACAAACAACGCUAGCGCGUUUUUAUGACAUCGAUAUAAAUAUAUAAAUAUAAUAGAUAAAUAAAUAGGAGAGAGGGAAAGCAUCUAGGUGGUGAAUGUUUUACAAUUUUUUUUUCAGAGUAGCAUGUCAACGUUUUUGUAAAAAUGUAACAAAGUAAAGGGUGUCAAGACGUUUCUCUUCUGUGUCAUUUUUUUUUAUAUGGAUUCCAUUUAAAUACCCAACAAGUUUUUUUUUCUCCACCUUUGACGUCUGUUUUUGUCUUUUUCACGUAAGAAAAAUUUGAGUUUUUCCUUCCAUGUUAAUAUCCCGGUGCAUUCAGUGCCUAUCACAGCCAGUUGUUCUGUUCCCCCCCCCCAAGUAAAAAAAAAAAAAAAGCAAGUCUUAGCCCCCCCAUGUGUAAGCACAACCCCAUCAAAGAGAUUACGAACUUGCACGCUGUCCAAGCACAAAAUCAACGUCCUGCCAUAGACGCUGUUUGACAUUUUUUUUACAUGGUCUUACCAUUUUGUAAUAAUAAUAAUGACUGUAACUUCAUUCCAUCCUGCUUUUUUUGUACUCAUCGCACUGUAAAUAGUGUACAUAAGAUUGAGAGUGUAGGUCCACUGUGUGUGUGUGUGAGCGUGUGUGUGUUAGGGUGUUAUCUAAAUGGAACUGCAGCCCCAGAGACGUCAAGCGCCCCCCCACCCCCCUCGUUCCCCCCCACGCUCGUGUUUCUCAGUUUACCACUACUAGGGGGCGCCAGUUGAUACGUUCGCUUUUAAUGUCUACGUUACGUUCCGGGAUAUCGAUGGCAAUGGGGAAAAAAAAGAGAGAAAUUGUUUUUCUUCAGCUAUGUGAAUGUAUAUUUCUGAGGGUGUUACAAAGAUGGAAAAAAAAAAACAAUUGUUCAAAAUUGUGAUGACCCAGUGAAGUAACUUGUAUUUGUUUUAAGCAUUAAAUGAUUUUAAUAGUCAA